AUCGUUGUAUUGAAUUCAUUACAACAAGUUGUCAGUAUAAAAGUAAAGAGGUGUUGAGAGAAGCUCAACUAGUUAUAAAAGUUCGUUCAGCACAUGGUUGUUGAUAUUUUAUUUUAAAAAUAAGUUUUUUAAAUACAGUUCCUUUUGGUAAAAGCUGAGUCAAUCGAUACCGCAAAAUGGCACCAAUACCUAAAAUAGUCGGCGAAUACAAAUUGGGCGACUUGCUUAUCGAAGGCAAAACGAAGCAGGUGUUUGAUUUACCGUCACUUCCGGGCCAUUGCCUUCUGUUGAACAAAGAUCGUAUAACCGCCGGUGAUGGCGUUAAAUCUCACGAUCUUGCUGGUAAAGCCGCCAUUUCGAAUCAAACAAAUGGCAAAGUUUUCGGAAUUUUGAAUGCUGCCGGUGUAAAAACGGCCUAUGUUAAAACGGCUUCGGAAAAUGCGUUCAUUUCAACAAAAUGCCAGAUGAUUCCAAUUGAAUGGGUUACACGUCGCUUGGCGACUGGAUCAUUCUUGAAACGAAAUGAGGGCGUACCAGAAGGAUACCGAUUUGCACCGCCGAAGCAUGAGACAUUCUUCAAAGAUGAUGCUAACCACGAUCCGCAAUGGAGUGACGAACAAAUUGUUUCAGCCGGAUUUGUGUUCAACGGAGUGAAAAUUGGUCAAACUGAAAUCGACAUCAUGAGAGACAUGAGCAUCGUAGUUUUCGAGGUACUGGAGAAAGCCUGGGCCACCAGAAACUGUGCAUUGAUUGACAUGAAAAUCGAAUUCGGCGUACAAGAGAACGGCGAAAUUGUGGUGGCUGACGUAAUCGAUUCGGAUUCAUGGAGAUUAUGGCCGUCUGGUGACAAGCGUUUGAUGAAGGACAAACAGGUCUACAGAAAUCUGACCACUGUGGUCGAAGCCGAUCUGGAGACGAUCAAAAACAAUUUCAUUUGGAUUUCGGAUCAAUUGGAUCAAAUCGUGGCCCGAAGCAAUCAUAUGGUCGUCAUUUUCAUGGGCAGUCCGUCGGACCAGGAACACUGCAAAAAAAUUGCCGGACAUUUACGGGAUUUGGGUGUCAAUGUACAGACCAGAAUAUCAUCGGCGCACAAGGCCACUCAGGAUACAUUGAAAAUACUACGUAAAUAUGAAAGUGACUACGAAAAGCUGGUCUUUAUCGCGGUGGCUGGCCGAUCGAAUGGUUUGGGACCGGUAUUGUCGGGAAAUACGACGUAUCCUGUCAUCAAUUGUCCACCAGUAAAGCCGGAAAAUGUGAACCUGGACGUUUGGUCGAGUUUGAAUGUGCCAUCCGGUUUGGGAUGUAGCACCGUUCUCUAUCCAGAGGCUGCGGCUUUGCAGGCGGCUCAGAUCAUUGGCUUGGGAGAUUUUAUGGUCUGGUCCAAGUUGAGAGUGAAAUUGUUGAGUAAUUUGAACAGUCUCCGAUUGGCCGAUCAAAAGUUGAACGCGUAAAUUUUGCUUCAUAUUUUAGUGCCAGAGCAUUCCGUUUGUCACUUGAUUUCGUUUUACAUUUUUUUCGUGUAAUUUUCUACCUUUUCUACUAAUGAGUAAUAUAUACGUACGCAUAGGACACGCAUGCAUUUAAUAAAAAAUAAUUUUCAGCUUA